AAACUGGUGCAGUGGGCGCUGACCGUAGCUCCGUCGAAUGCAGUUGUUUUCUUGACAACCUCCCAACGGGAUAUGGCAGAUGGCUUGAAUGAACCGUCUGGUUGUUUAGCGUUUGGUGCCGAUCUUCGAGGGUAA